CCUCCCGCCUCCUCCGGGGCCUCGGGCCCCGCUCCCCAUGUAGGAGGGAGUACCGAGGCCGGGGUGGAUGGUGCGAGGGGCGGGCGCGGAGGGAGUUUGAAGUUCGGGGCUUUCGCGGAGUCCCCCCCUCGCCGUUCCCGAGCGCAGCGGGGGAGGAAUGCCAAAUCCGGAGAGACAUGGGGGCAAGAAGGACGGCGGCGGGGGGUCCUCGCAGCCGAGCAGCGGGAGCUCCAACAGCAAGGAGAGGCACCGGGCGGGAUCCAGGCACAAGAGGCACAAGUCCAGGCACUCCAAGGAGUCCCCGCUGGCGGCCCAGGAAGCGGCGGCGCCCCUGGGAGCGGUGAUCAAGCCGCUGGUGGAGUACGAUGACAUCAGCUCGGACUCGGACACCUUCUCGGACGAUGUGGCCCUCAAGCUGGACAGGAGGGACAACGAGGAGAGGAGGGCGGAGAGGAGCGAGAGGGCCCAGAAGCACCGGCACCACCAGCACAAACGACUCCGGGAGCUGAUGAAGAGCAAACAGGCGGAGAAAGACAGGAAGUUGGAAAAGAGCCUGGAUGCUUCCAGCAGGUCCGCCAAGGAGAGGAUAUCGGGAUCCUCCAAGAGGCUGCUGGAGAGCGAGGAGCACCCCAAGGCGCUCUCCUCCAAGAGCAGCAACAAGGAGUCACGCUCGGCCAAGGCGCACAAGGAGAAAUCCAGGAAGGAGCGGGAGCUCAAGUCCAGCCACAAAGAGCGCAGCAAAAGCCAUCGGAAAAGGGAUGCUCCCAAAAGUUACAAAACCAUCGACAGCCCGAAGCGGAAAUCCAGGAGCCCUCACAGGAAAUGGUCGGACAGCCCGAAACUGGACGACAGCCCCUCGGGAGCCUCUUACGUGCAGGAGUACGACCUCAGCCCGCCCCGCUCGCACACCUCCAGCACCUACGAUCCCUACAGGAAGAGCCCCGGCGGCUCCUCACGCCGCCAGUCCCUCAGCCCGCCCUACAAGGAGCCCGUGGGCUACCAGUCCAACGCCCGCUCGCCCAGCCCCUACAGCCGGCGGCAGCGAUCCGUGAGCCCCUACAGCCGGAGGCGCUCGUCCAGCUACGAGCGGGGCAGCGGCUCCUACAGCGGGAGGUCCCCGAGCCCCUACGGCCGCCGCCGCUCCAGCAGCCCCUUCGCCUCCAAGCGCUCCGUGAGCCGGAGCCCCAUCGCCAGGAAAUCUGUCAAGUCCCGGAGCCGCAGUCCUGGCUAUUCAAGACACUCAUCUCACAGCAAAAAGCAGAGGUCUGGCUCCCGCAGUCGCCAUUCCAGCAUCUCCCCGAGCAGGCUCCCACUGAACUCCAGCCUGGGAGCAGAGCUCAGCAGGAAGAAGAAGGAGCGAGCGGCCGCCGCAGCCGCCGCGGCCAAGGUGGACGGGAAGGAGGCGAAAGGCUCCCCUGUUUUCCUGGCUAGGAAGGAGAACAGCUUGGCUGAACUGAAAGAGGCUGGGACAGAGUCUAAAAAGAUCACCAAAACUGUUAAAUGUGAGAAAGCUCCGGAUACAGACUCGGUUAAUUUACUGUACACAAACACAGAGCCUAAAGCCCCUGCGGAGACGACGAAAUCCAAGGCAGAGGAGAACUCGGAGAGGAAACAUCCUGUUCCAGUUCGGGAUUCCAAACCCACGGGAACAAAAGACUCGAAGCCUGUAGCAGUGGUAGAGGACCUGGUAUCUCCAAAGGAGACAGACACAGCGGAGAAGGAGAUUCCACCUCCCCUCCCAGCCAUCAAAUCCCCUCCUCCGCCUCUGCCCACCACCACCCCUCCGCCUCCCACGCCGCCGCUGCCGCCGCUGCCUCCGUCACCCGCUGCCCCUCCUCUGCCUCCAGCCCCAGUGACUCCUGUUCAGGCCCCUCCUUCAGCCCCAACGUCUUUGCCAUCUUCUUCCCACCCAAGGACGUCUACUUUAUCCUCUCAGGUGAACUCCCAGUCCUCUGUCCAGGUGGCUACAAAAACCCAAGUGUCUGUGACGGCUGCUAUCCCACACCUGAAAACUUCCACCUUGCCUCCGCUUCCGCUCCCCCCUAUUUUAGUUGGGGAAGAUGACUUGGAUAGUCCUAAAGAGAUUCUUCCUCCAAAACCUGUGAAGAAAGACAGAGAGCAGAGACCACGACACUUACUCACGGACCUCCCGCUCCCCCCCGAGCUCCCUGGGGGGGACCCAUCUCCUCCUGACUCCCCAGAACCAAAGGCAGCCACACCACCUCAGCAACCCUUCAAAAAGAGACCAAAAAUCUGUUGUCCUCGCUAUGGGGAGAGGAGGCAGACAGAGAGUGACUGGGGCAAGCGCUGCGUGGACAAGUUCGACAUCAUCGGGAUCAUCGGAGAGGGCACCUACGGGCAGGUCUACAAAGCCAAGGACAAGGACACAGGUGAGCUGGUGGCUCUGAAGAAGGUGCGCCUGGACAAUGAGAAGGAAGGAUUCCCCAUCACGGCCAUCCGCGAGAUCAAAAUCCUGCGGCAGCUCAUCCACCGCAGCGUGGUCAACAUGAAGGAGAUCGUCACAGACAAACAAGAUGCACUGGAUUUCAAGAAGGACAAAGGUGCCUUUUACCUUGUGUUUGAGUACAUGGACCAUGACCUAAUGGGGCUGCUAGAAUCUGGCUUGGUACAUUUCUCAGAGGACCAUAUCAAGUCUUUCAUGAAACAGUUAAUGGAGGGUCUGGAUUACUGUCACAAAAAGAAUUUCCUUCAUCGAGACAUCAAGUGCUCCAACAUCUUACUGAACAACAGUGGGCAGAUCAAACUUGCAGAUUUUGGGCUUGCCCGACUCUACAGCUCAGAGGAGAGCCGUCCCUACACCAACAAAGUGAUCACGUUGUGGUACCGACCCCCGGAGCUGCUGCUGGGGGAGGAGCGUUACACCCCUGCCAUCGACGUGUGGAGCUGUGGCUGUAUCCUCGGGGAACUGUUUACAAAGAAGCCUAUUUUUCAAGCCAAUCUGGAACUGGCUCAGCUUGAAUUAAUCAGCCGGCUCUGUGGGAGCCCCUGCCCGGCAGUGUGGCCAGAUGUCAUCAAGCUGCCCUACUUCAACACUAUGAAGCCCAAGAAGCAAUACCGGCGGCGCCUGCGUGAGGAGUUCUCCUUCAUCCCCUCGUCUGCCCUGGACCUGCUGGACCACAUGCUGACCCUGGACCCUGGCAAACGCUGCACAGCAGAGCAGGCCCUGCACAGUGACUUCCUGAAGGACGUUGACCUCAGCAAAAUGGCACCUCCAGACCUCCCCCACUGGCAGGAUUGCCACGAGCUGUGGAGCAAGAAGCGGCGGCGGCAGCGGCAGAGCGGGAUGGCCGUGGAGGAGCCCCCGGUAUCAAAAGUUUCUCGGAAAGAAACUACCUCUGUUACAAGCACAGACACUGUGAAAAACAACAGCAGUCCUGUGCCCCCCCAGCCUGCCCAGCUCAAAGCAGAGCCUGGUGCUGCAGAUGCAGUAGGCCUGGGCGACAUCACCCAGCAGCUGAACCAGAGCGAGCUGGCCGUGCUGCUGAACCUGCUGCAGAGCCAGACCGACCUGAGCGUGCCACAGAUGGCCCAGCUGCUCAACGUGCACUCCAACCCCGAGAUGCAGCAGCAGCUGGAGGCUCUCAACCAGUCCAUCACGGCCCUGACCGAGGCCACGGCGCAGCAGCACCACGAGCCCCCGGCAGCGGCCGAGGAAGCCAUAGAGGAGCCGCCCACGGAGGUGCCCGAGGAGCAGCAGACUCCAGAGGCAGCCAGCGCUCAGGGAGACAUGCAGAACGUGCUGGCAGUUCUGCUCAGUCAGCUCAUGAAGAGCCAGGAGCCUGGGAUAACCCUGGAGGAGAGCAACGGGGAGAAGAGCAACGAGCAGCGGGGGCCCAGGAAAACCCCGACGAGGCAUCCCGAGGAGAGCACAGCGUGUCCUCCUGGCAUUGUCCCACCAGAGAAGAGACCCCCCGAGCCCCCCGGACCGCCGCCGCCUCCUCCCGUGCCCGAAGGGGAUCUCUGCAGUGCAGCCCAGGAACUGAACCCGGCCGUGACGGCUGCGCUGCUCCAGCUCCUUUCCCAGCCCGACCCGGAGCCGCUCGGCCACGCCACGCAGGAGCCACCGGACUACGGCCACUGCCAGCCCGGCAGGACUUACAGCACCGACAGCUCCGAGGGCGGAUUCGGUGCCGAGGAGCUCAAUCCGGGCCAGACUCUGCUAGAACCUUCUGCCCAACCCUUGGGGAAAAGCAGGACCUUCAUGGGCUCCGUGAGCCACCUCGGGGAGAGCAGCAGCUACCAGGGCACGGGCUCGGUGCAGUUCCCGGGGGACCAGGACCUGCGCUUCGCCAGAGUCCCCGUCAGCAUCCACUCGCUCGGGCAAUCCUUCAGCAAAUCCGACGGGAGCAACAACAACGCGCUGCUACACCCCGAGGCCAAAAUGCAGAGUUACGGCGACCUGGGGCCGGGAACGGCCGCUCCCAGUGCGGCGGCAGCAGCAGGAGCAGCUCCCGGCUGGGGUGCCCCAACCCAGGCAGCGUCUUCCUAUGGGAAGACAUUCCGAGGGCCUGGCCGAGUGCCUCCGCGGGGGGGGCGGGGCCGGGGGGUUCCCUACUGA